AUGACAGUUCCGGACGACAAUCCGCGCGAACGGCUCGACAGAACUCUGGUCCGGCGCGGCCUUUUCGCGACGCGGGCCCGGGCGCGCGAUGCGAUCAUGCGCGGCACGGUGACCGUGGACGGCCAGACAAUCACCAAACCCGCACAUUCUUGCACAGGCCGGACCAAGAUCGCGGUCGCCGACCCGGCCAGCGGCUAUGUCUCGCGCGCGGCGCUCAAGCUGAAGGCGGCGCUCGACGCCUUUGCGAUCCCGGUGACCGAUGCGGUGUGCCUCGACAUAGGCGCGUCGACCGGCGGGUUCACGCAGGUGCUGCUGGAAGCCGGCGCAGCCGGGGUCCACGCCAUCGAUGUCGGACACGGUCAGAUGGACCCGACCCUUGCGGCAGACCCGCGCGUCCGCCUGACCGAAGGGCUCAAUGCACGCGAUCUCGAGAUUGGCCAUCUGGACGGCGACCGGCCGUCGAUCAUUGUCAGCGAUGUCAGCUUCAUCUCGCUCACGCUCGCCUUGCCGGCGGCGCUGGAUCUGGCCGCGCCCGGCGCACAUCUGGUCGCCCUCGUCAAACCGCAGUUCGAGGUCGGCCGCGAGCGGAUCGGCAAGGCCGGACUGGUCGCGGCCGACGAUGCAAAUCGUUCCGCCGAAGACAUCGCCGCGUGGCUCGGUAUCCGGCCCGGCUGGUCCAGCCGGAUGGCUGAGAAGCUGACGAUCAUGGCCAUGGGCGCGCAGGGCGACGGGCUGGCCAGCCAUGACGGCCAAACCGUCUAUGUGCCGGGCGCGCUGCCGGGCGAGACGGUGCGCGCAACGCUCGAUGACGCGCGCGCCCAUGACGUUGAAAUCGUCACGCCAUCCGCAGAGCGUGUGUCCCCGUCCUGCCCGCAUUUCGGCGACUGCGGAGGCUGCUCGGUCCAGCAUUGGGCCGAUCCUCCCUACCGCGCGUGGAAACGGCAGCUCGUGGCCGAUGCGCUGAGCCGGCAAGGGAUCGAAACGAAGGUCGCGAGCCUGGUUCCCGGCACGCCGCGCAUCCGCCGGCGAGCCACCUUCUCCGUGCUGCGGCGGCCGGAGGGCGUGCGGCUCGGAUUUCAGCGCGAGGGCAGCCACAUGAUUGUCGACACGACCGAUUGCCACGUCGUCGAUCCGGUCCUCAACAGGGCACGCGGGGCGCUGAAGGCGCUGGCCAAGGCCGUUCUUCCGGUCAUGAAGGCGGCGGCGAAGCCCGUCUCGAUGACCGUCACGGUCACGCAAACGGGGCUCGAUGUGGCGGUCGCCGGCGACUUCACGCUGUCGGAGCCGGGACGGCAGGCGGCAAUCGGAAUCGCGCUGAAAGCCAACUUCGCACGGCUCACCGUGCGCGACGAGGUGCUCGCCGAAACGCGCAAGCCGGCCGUUUCUUUCGACGGGAUCGCCGUCGGCCUGCCGCCGGGCGGCUUCAUCCAGGCGACGGCGCAUGCCGAGAGCGCCAUGCGCGAUCUGGUCACCGGUCACAUGCAGGGCGCAAGAUCGGUCGCCGACCUGUUCGCCGGCUGCGGCACGUUCGCGCUGCCCCUCGCCCGGCUGGCCCGCGUUCAUGCCGUCGAGGGCGACCGCGCCUCGCUGGCCGCGCUGGAUGCGGCAUGGCGCGCGGCGUCCGGGCAGAAGCUGCGCCGUGUGACGACCGAACGGCGCGAUCUGUUCGUGCGUCCUGUGACGGCAAAGGAACUCGACAGCUUUGACGGUCUGGUGCGCAGGCGCAUCAGAUCGCCGGUUCGGGUGUGA